UUUUUUAACCGAGGAAAAAAAUAAAGAAAGUGCAUGAAAAUUUGUUUUGGACUCGUUUGCAACAAACCAAAAUUCUUUUUAUAGGAAUUAAUGUCGCUUUAUUAAGAAAAAUGUCUUGAUUCCAACUGAACUUGUUUCAUGAUUACCGAGUAUCUGAUCUCUGAUUUAAUUUUUUUUACAAAAAAAAAAGUACGAUUAAAAUAGCACAGAAAGGAAACGAAUUUUUUUAGUUUUCAUUAAAUUUAUGCAAAAAUACCAUAGGUCGGGAGUUACCAUAAGCAACGAGUCCAGAUUUUGUAAAAUUGAUAAAAAAGUCAUCGACUUUCAUGCAUUGUUGAUUCAUAUUACUAGUGGCCUCAAUAAUGUUGUAACAAUUUAGUUGAGUCAACUGCGGCUGUUUUCAUUUGUUUCAACAGUGUUAUUUGUUGUGAAGAAAUGAAACUAUUAUACUUGUUAAGGUGUUCCUUGGUACAAUUUUUUUUUCUAUUACCGCGACUUCCCUUCUGUCGGUCCGAUCUGCCGAUCCAUGCUCUUACAUCAGAGGUCACCAAUGGUGAUGGUUCCAAAGAAUUUUGGCAAUUUUCAUUGACAGAUUUCCACGAAACCCCUCGGUUUUGCGGUGGGGGACCCUCUACUUUGAAUACGAUUUUACAACAACCGGAUAUUCAGAAUUAUACUGACUGGUUAAAAAACAAUAUGGGGGGAGCUCCAAAUAAAAUAAAUUUGAUUUUAACCGAUGUACGUUCGAAACCUAUAACAACAUCAACAAAUCAAUUACAAAACCAACUACUAGCAACGAAUGCUUCUACUUCUUUUUUAGAAUCUUCACAUUUAAUGCACCGUAAUAAUUGGUUAGCUUUGGGUGUAUUAGACCACAAGUCACGUUCAUUGAUUGGGGGUUGGACAAUGGUUUAUGAUGAAGGCUUUUACGUGAGCGCUAACAUAGAUCGGACCAAACUUCCUCCCGAACUUCUUAUUCCAACUAUUGAACUGAAAAAACUUAAGCAGUCUAACCGAUCCAUUCAUAAACACGAUUUUUUAAACACAAAAUAUUCUUCUACAAAACCACUUAAUGAGCAAAAUGCAAAACCUCAAUCUUUUUUUUUUCAUGGUGUACUAAAAUAUACACAAACCGACAAUGAUACCAAUGUAGACGAAGCACGAGUGUGUCAUUUACAUAUUUUAGCAGAUUCCGAUACUGAAGAUGUUAAUGGACAUACUGAAUGUUACGUGACAGAUCCGAGCCAAACAUCUAUAGGUUGGUACUCGACCAGUGAAAUCACGGAAAACUCUUCACCGAACAUUCGGUACGGGUGCUUUGAGGCAAAAAAAAUAAAAACAGCUAACAAGUCCGCUUCAUUGCAGUCUUCAAAAAAAUUGGAGUCAUAUAUAAAACUGUUCAGUAUGUCUGAGAAAGCAAAACAACGAACGCAGUCUUAUAUAAAAAACAGAAAAAACAGUGGGGCAUUGCAAUCUUUUGUACGUCCUUCGCUUAUAAAACAGAUAGCUUCUAUCAGUCUUUUGAAUCCAAAUUCUCCUUUAUCGCAAUUUAAUUCAACAUCCUAUGCUUGUGAACUAUCCAAUAAAAUGACAGAUCCUCAAAAAAAAGAUUCACAGAUUACAUUACCAACAAAUUAUUCAGCCAUGCUGAAUCCUUUCUCCACUGAACAAGAUCGAGAUCGCUUGAAUGGUGUUACGAAUGAAGACAUCAUUGCUCAAGGGGAGUGUGGAUCUUGUUAUGCAGUGUCCUCUAUGUAUGUACUUCAAAGUCGAGCGAAUCUCUAUUUACAUAAGAAACGGAAGAAUGGUUCUUCUCGGCAAAACACAGGGUUGCGUACGUUUUCUUCUCAACCUUAUGUUCCGAAACUCUCUAUUCAAGAUGCGCUUUGGUGCUCAAUAUACAACCAAGGUUGUUUUGGAGGUUACCCUUUUCUUAUUGGAAAAUAUACUCAUGAGUAUGGCGUACCACUGCAUUCAUGUUUUAAUGAAGAUAACUCGGCUCAAAGUAGUUGUUUUAAAUUACAUGAUUCUGUCAAGUCCUUGUUCACUUCUGCUUGUAAUCCUGACAAUUUCGUUUAUACGUCGAGUUAUGGCUACGUUGGAGGCUGUUACGAAUGCUGUUCCGAAAAAGCAAUGCAGCAUGAGCUAUUUUAUAACGGCCCUAUUGUUGUAGCCUUUCAUGCACCAGAAGAAAUUCAAGAUUUUCAAGGAAAUAUUUAUAACACAACAAAUCAAAAACAUUCCCGUGUGUGUGAUUUACCUGGUCAUCAGAUGAAUGGAUGGGAAUACACGAACCACGCGGCUGUGGUUGUGGGAUGGGGUGAAGAAAUGGAUCCAAUUGAAAAAGACAUUAUGAAAUAUUGGAUUGUUCGAAAUAGUUGGGGGAAGAAUUGGGGAACGGAUGGUUAUUUCAAAAUUUUACGUGGUAAAAAUUUCCUAGGAAUCGAAAAUCAAGCAGUAUAUAUGGAUCCUGAUUUUCAACGUGGAUAUCUUAAAAAAAUUUUAACAUAAAAUGGAACGAAUUCUAACAAACAUAACGAAUAAAAUGAUUUCUUAUCAUUUUGAAUGUUUUCGAAUUUAAAUGAAAUAAUACAGUUUGACGAACAUUUGCAUUUUCUUGAAAUUGUAACAAACCAUAGUACAUAAAAAAAGCAUAACUAUUUUUAUAUACUGACAUGCAGAUAAAUUUACUUAAUAUGUUUUUUUGAACAGCACCUAAGGUAUUUUUAACAUUUCUUUAA